AUAGGUUGAGUUUUUUCCCCCCUCGUCUCUGUAACAGGGAUGAGUUUGCAGUAGUGAACUUAUACAGUUGAUAUAGAAUAGUCUGGCGUCUUGUAAAGUAUUAUAUUUUCACGUGAAUAAUGCGAAGGGUUACGCUUUUUGUCAAUGGGUCCUCCAAAAACGGCAAGGUUGUAGCAGUGUAUGGGACUCUGUCUGAUCUUUUAUCCGUUGCCAGCAAUAAACUGGGAAUCAGGGCCACUAAUCUGUACAAUGGAAAGGGCGGCCUCAUCGAUGACAUCGCCUUGAUUAGAGACGAUGAUGUGUUAUAUGUCUCGGAAGGAGACGCCUUUGUCGAUCCUCAAAGUGAGGAAAAGGCUGCUGAAGAUCGCAUAGGUUCCCACAGCGACUGGCUGACCUUGAAUAUCGGCGGGCGGCUCUUCACGACCACACGGAGUACGCUUGUGAGUAAGGAGCCUGACAGCAUGCUUGCCCACAUGUUUAGAGGGAAAGAUGUGUGGGGGAACAAGCGAGAUGACCGAGGCGCUUACCUCAUCGAUCGCAGUCCUGAGUACUUCGAGCCCAUCCUGAACUACCUGCGACAUGGCCAGCUUAUCGUCAAUGAAGGAAUUAACUUACUAGGUGUACUGGAAGAAGCUCGUUUCUUUGGAAUUGAGCAGCUUGCUGAGCAGAUAGAUGUUGCCAUUAAGAACUCUCAUCCCCCCGAGGACCACUCGCCAAUCUCCCGGAAAGAGUUUGUACGGUUUCUGCUUGCCACGCCCACCAAGUCCGAACUGCGCUGUCAGGGGCUGAACUUCAGCGGGGCAGAUCUGUCUCGGCUGGACCUGCGCUAUAUCAAUUUCAAGAUGGCCAACUUGAGCCGCUGCAACCUCACCUGUGCCAACCUGUGCUGCUCGAACCUGGAGAGGGCCGACCUCUCUGGGGCCAACCUGGACGGUGCAAACCUGCAGGGCGUCAAGAUGCUGUGCUCUAAUGCUGAAGGCGCCUCACUGAGAGGCUGUAAUUUCGAAGAUCCUUCAGGACUCAAAGCCAACCUGGAGGGUGCCAAUCUGAAGGGGGUGGACAUGGAGGGCAGUCAGAUGACGGGGAUAAACCUGCGUGUGGCUACGCUGAAGAACGCCAAGCUGAAGAAUUGUAACCUGCGUGGGGCAACUCUAGCGGGCACUGAUCUAGAGAACUGUGACUUAUCCGGGUGUGACCUCCAAGAAGCCAACCUGCGUGGCUCAAACGUGAAGGGAGCCAUCUUCGAGGAGAUGUUAACGCCGCUGCACAUGUCCCAGAGCGUGAGAUAACCAAUCACGGGUCUCUCUCCGGCCGAAGCGGCCCGUCACAGCCGCUCCCUUACGAAUGUCAGACGCUCCCAUUGGACCCAUAUGCAAUAUCGGCAAUUCCAUGUCCUCACCCCUCAGCUUUACUCUCUUGCACUAGUGCACAUGCAGGGUGUCGAAUUAGCACAGAUCUCUUGUAGGAUUACCAGAACACACAUGCGUAAUUAUCCAUCUCGACCAAUUUUGUUAUACCAAACCUAGUUUACCUAUUUCUAUCUACGUUGGAUUUAACCCACAGUAAGUGUCUGCUUCCUGUAUGAGCACUAAAUGCUCUGCCGUGUGGUCUGGAGGCUUCGAUUACGGCUGGGGACACGGAUCCCAUGCGAGUGAAGUUUAGUGAAUGUAUACGUUUCUUAUCGCCACGUUGUAGAAGUCACGAAGGUGAAUGCAACCAAAUACGUGUUAUAUUUGAGUUUAGAACUCGAAGGUCUCAGAGGCUUGGGGGUAGAAACGGUAGCCCCUUAGGAGGCCUGGGAAAACCUUUUUGAUCACGGAUAUGAAGGGGUUUCUGCAUUGAUGAUAACUGGAAUUGCUAGACUCUGAAAUCUGAAGGAGGAACCUUUUAUUUUUAUCUGAUUUACUUUAGCAUUUCCGCGCCAUAUCGUAUCAUAUAUCAUAUAUAUGCAUGCCUAAAAAGACAA